AAAAUGACAAAACUGUAUUUCGACGCUAUAACAUCAGAACAUGCAUACAACUCAUACAUUCAAUCCGACUCAUCAAAGAACCUUUCCCUUUCCUUCUCCUGCCUCCAAACCCGCGCCAGCAAUUGGGGCCGCGAACAACUCUUUACAUGCCGUGUCAUCGUCUCGCCAACACAGCACGCUCUCCUCCCCGCAUACAAAAAUAAACACAUCGCGAUUGACCACAAUAUCUCAGAUGAAGCCAAGAGGCAAAUAGAUAACUUCCUCCAUGGACCAGACCCCGAACUCGUGGGCCAAAGCGAACAUUACCUAGCCCACAAGUACGGCGUAGCUCUGGGACAAGUCUGGGCUGCGUUGGCAGCUGUCAAAAAACGCCGGUCGAGCUUGACUAACGUGGAUGUUAGCCAAGGCGCUGUACCAACAAGUAACGAAGGUACUCCCGAAAGUAAAAGAGUGAGGCGGAAUACAGACUACAAGGAAUUCGUCCAUUCAGGUACUUGCCAAAUCAGCUCCAGCAGUCCUACCAGUAAAUUACCCGGCUCUACGCCCGACUCAUCUGUCGGCUACGUCGACCAAGUACCAACUGAAGACCUUCCCCUCGAGGACAACACCGUGAGGCUCAUCUCCUGCGUCAUGCGACACAUUCUAUACUAUACGCAACUACCUGGGUUGACACCUGUAGUUGAGUUCCGGGAUACACGGCAGCGUCUGGGUCUGGAAAUUCCGGAUUUGGGCGGCCAUAUCGUCUCUGUUGAUGAUGGCGGAUUGUGUCUGAAGAUGGACGAGGAAAAGGACCGGUUUGUGGUGGUGAGGAAUAUGGUUGCGCUGCUCGAGGCGAAGAGAAGUCUCAAGGUUGUUGAGGGAAAGCCGGUGAUUUCGGAUGAGUGCUUGGCGCAGAUGACAUGUGAAGCUAUCUUGGCAAGAGCAACUGAUCCACUGGACGAGUUUCAGGACGAAAGUGUGACUAUCAUAAACGCUACACAGAACUAUGUCUGCUUUCUACAAUUCGAUGUGAAGAAUGAGUAUAUAGACGAGUUGAGAUUUGGGGUUACGCCGUCUCAGUCACUGAUGGUCACAGCGACACAGUGGUUUGACCUCAGUACGAAGACGGGCAGGGAAUGUGUUUUGAAGAAUAUUUGUGGGUUGAUGGCGUUGGCGAAGGAGCAAUUCGCUUUGGAAAUUGACGGUGUGGCAGAAUGA